UUUUCUCAGGGGGCCGGCCUUGGAAGGAGGUGGCUGAGAAGGUCACGGGGCACAUGUGGCCGCGGCCCCACCCCGAGGAGCGGUCCCCUGCCGAGUGAGCGCCCUAAUCUGGCGCCUGACCGAAAGUUUAAAGGCUUGCACUAAGGCCCAGGGAUUGAGUCACAUGGGAGACUUUCCACCCUUGUUGGCGAAGCUGCCUAACUCCCUCACACUCGGAGCUUGGCCUGAAGCUUGCUGCGGGGCCAGACUCCAGGCAGCCGGCCCUGACCUUAACCACCUUCAGGGAUCACUGACAUUUGGGGAUGUUGCUGUGACCUUUACCCAGUUUGAAUGGAAACACCUGGAUACCACUCAGCAGACCUUGUAUAGGGAUGUGAUGCUGGAAAACUAUGGGAAUCUGGUGUCUGUGGGGCUUCUCUCUUCCAAACCCAAACUCAUCACCCAACUGGAGCAAGGGGCAGAGCCAUGGAUGGAAGUACAACAGAUUCCAUCAAAUACUUGUUCUGUCCAGGAGUACUGCUUUGAAACAAAGAUGUCCACCCUAAAGCAACAUACUUCUGAAGGAUCUGAUCUGGGAGAGCAAACAAGAAGUGAUGUGAUGGAAAGAGGCCUGGACUGGGAGGGCAGAAUUUCCACAGAGAAGGCACAUUAUAAAUGUGAGGAAUGUGGGAAAGUCUUCAAAUAUAAUUCCUCCCUUAUUAGCCACCAGAGAAAUCAUACUGGUGAGAAACCCCAUAAAUGUAAUGAAUGUGGGAUCGCCUUUAUGAGCAGUUCUUCUUUUUUAAAUCAUUAUAAAAUUCAUACAGAGAAGCAGCCUUAUAGAUGUACUGAGUGUGGGAAAUUCCUUAAGAAGCACUCAACAUUUGUUAAUCAUCAGAAAAUUCAUUCUAGAGAGAAACCUCAUAAAUGUAAUGAAUGUGGAAAAGCUUUUGGAAAGAACUCUAUCCUUUUACGUCAUCAGAGAAUUCAUACUGGUCAGAAACCCUACAAAUGGGAACUUACUUAA